AUGCAAAAAUACGUAAUUUUAGAAACGAUUAGUGAUUUAGGCCAUAGUACAAUAGCAAAAGCUUAAAACAGCGAAACACGAGAAUUAGUAAUAAUUAAAAUGUUAAAAAGGAAGUUUUAUACAUGGGAAGAAUGUAUGAAAAUACGAGAAAUAAAAGUUUUAACAGUUUUAUAUCACCCCCAAUUAUUAAAAAUAAAGGAAAUAAUUAAAUUAAGGGAAGAAGUGUAUUGUGUAUACGAAUUUUAUGAGUCUUCUUUAUUUGAUUAUUACUAAUAAAUUAGAGAAUCAGGUGAAUAAAUAAGCGAAUAGAUCAUUAAAUAAAUAAUGUUCCAAAUAAUAUAAGGGGUUUAAUACCUACACUCCUAAAAAUAUUUACAUAGAGACAUUUGUCCUGAAAAUAUAUGUGUAACUGCUAAUGAAGAUAAUACAUAUAUUCAAGCAAAAAUAUCUUCGUUUUUCGUUACUAGAGAAAAUAACCAAAAAUAAAAUAAUUAAUUCACAGAUUAUAUUACUACAAGAUGGUAUAGGGCUCCUGAAUAACUCAUUCAUUCUUAAAAUUAUAAUUAAUAAGUAGAUAUUUGGGCUAUAGGAUGUGUUAUGAUGGAACUAUUGUAAAAAUAAAUUUUAUAUAUAAUAUUUUUUUAAAUUUAUGUAUUUUUCUUUAGUUUACUUGGACCUGUUUUUAAUGGAAUCAGUGAAUAAGAUUAGUUGAUUAAAAUUAUUAAAAUUUUUGGCACUCCACUUAUGUAGGAAUGGCCUGAGGUUUAUUCUUAUGCAACUUAAAUGAAAAUUAGUAUUCCAUAAGAAAAAGGGAUAAAAUUAGAAUAAAUAAUACCUUAGGCAUCAAAUGAGGCAAUUAAUUUAUUAUUAUCUAUUUUUAAAUUCAUGCCUUCUAAAAGAAUUAGUUGUGAAAAUAUGUUGAAACAUCCUUUUUUUUCUGAUAUAGACACUUUUUAGUUAAAUGAUAGUAUUAUAAAAAGCCAUAUUAAUAAAAAUAGGUAAAAUAAUAUAUUUGAAAAAUAAUAAGCAAAUAAUUCAAAGAAUAAUAAUGAUAGUAAUAAUAAUGUUACUAAUAACAAUAUUAGUAAUAACAAUAUUAGUAAUAAUAAUAUUAGUAAUAAUAAUGUUAAGAAUAUUAAUAGUAAUAUUAAUAAUAAUAAUAAUAUUAAUACA